AUUUUGACAAUUGACGUUAGUGAAACGGUCCGAUAUAGGAAGGAUAUGUAUAUAAUUUAUUUAAAUAAACCUUGAAAUACAUUUAAAUUUUAUUUUGUUGGCUGUACAUCAUCAUCUUAUAACGCAUAAAGUAUUGAUGCAAACAUUAUAAAGUUGUGUGUAUUUUUAAUGACCGAUGUAAACGACGUGGUGUUCCCAUCUUUUGAUUUUUGAGUACUGCAAUGAUUUUUACAUGUUUGGUCGAUUGGGUGGAAAUUAAACGAAAUGGGUUUAAAUAACGUCAAAUAUAUAUUAUUUGUUUACAACACGAUUGGUUAGUCUCAAAAAUGAGUGAAAGGAAGUUUGCCCGUGGUUUAACAAAACCUGGGACUGCAGCUCAACUAAGGGAAACUGUCUCACAAGUUGUUAGAGAAAGCGCUGUGCAAAACAAACCACUCAGAGUAGAGCCACUAGAUUUUGAAAAAUUUGUCAUCAAAAAUAAAACAGUUCUCCAAAAUGAUCCUGAGAGAGAAUUGUUAUUGUAUCCACCAGAUGACAUAUCUCAAGUCGUGUUAUCUAGAAGAUUUCGCACUUUAUCACCAACCUUUCCUCCAUCGGAAGAAAUUGAAAAUUGUAAUUUACUUACAAAACAAUGCAUUAAAAAUUAUUCUUGUAAUUGGAACUUAAUUCAUUACAAAUAUAGUGCCUAUUCUGGUAGUUACGCCGAUCUUCCAAUAAAACCUCAAGAAAAAAAAUUUCAAGAAGAAAUUUAUGAGAUUGAUAUUGACACAGAUGCUGUAGAUGAUCUAAAACCUAGAUUAGAUAAUAUUACAAAAGAGGGAUUCUUAUUGAAGGGACCAGAAAUUGGAUCUGAAAGAUCUUUUGUUAACAUUGGCUCAAAAAGUUUCAAAAGGAGGUACUGUUAUCUGCGACAAGAAGUAGAUGGCACAUACAUUUUAGAAAUGUAUAAAGAUGAAAAGAAAGGUGAAGCAAAAGUUACUAUAGUAAUGGAUUUUUGUACAGACGUAGUUAAGAAUUCAAAACGUGGCCGAUUUUGCUUUGAAUUAAGAAUGACUUCUGGUCACAAAUCAUAUUUAUUAGCAUCGGAAAAUGAAGCAGAUUUCAAAGAUUGGUUGACAAAAUUAAGUUCAGUCUUACACCAAAACAAAAUUCAAGAAGAAAAACGUGCGGCUAGUUUGGAGCGAGAACGCAGUACUCCUCCGCCUUCACCUCAAAUUCAGUCCUUUGGUACACUUAAAGGACUUGAACAGAGUAUGAAUCCUCAAUUAAUGAAAUAUGCCAGAGAGACUGACCAUAGUAUAGCAAAUUUAAGGAAAGAAAAUCGUCAUAAAAUAUUUGAACUUCAUCCGAAUUUAGCUAUGAAUAUAAAAUCUCAAAAUUCUAGUCAAGAACAAAUAGAACCAUACAAAGAGAUAUUCGGGCAUAGAGUAUUUCUGAAGUUUGAAAAUAUUAGGUUAAAAUUACAAGUUGUUGAUGAUAAAGAAAAUCUUUGCCAAGUAGAACCAUACCAUACAACAUUGUGCCUCUUUGAUGCCAAAAAUGGUAGAAAAUUAACUGAAAAUUUCCACUUUGACGUCAACAGCAGUAACAUUAGAAGUACUUUUAAUAAUGGUAUCACCCAUGACUCCAGUAAUGUAAAAUUGGGGCUUCCUGCUAACUUGCAUUCCGAAUGGCUGUUGUACCCUCAGCAGGCAUUACUUAGCAUUACAAAUCCUCAUCCAGAUAUUUUUCUAGUCAUUAGGAUAGAAAAAGUUUUGCAAGGUGGAAUAGGACAAACAUCAGAACCAUAUGUCAAAGCUAAUAAAGAUUCUAGAGUUAGUCAAAAAGUUUAUAAAAAUAUCGCUAUGUGUUGUCAACGACUAGGAAAAUACAGAAUGCCUUUUGCUUGGGCCACUAGACCUGUUUUUAGGUUAUAUAGUAAUGAACUAGAUACUACUUCAGAUUUUCAUGCCAUCUAUAGACAAGAGCCAAAUAAAAUGACUGAUGAAGAAUUGUUGAAGUUACUUUCAGAUUAUAGAAAACCUGACAAAUUCAAUAAGUUUACUGUGAUUCCUGGUUCUUUGGAAAUUAAGAUGUCUGCCAUAAACGAUCUUCCACCAAAUACAUUAUCUACUUCCUUAGCACCAUUAAAACCGUUUCCACUACCUCCAACUAAUGAACCAACCAUAGAAGUCGCUGAAUUAGAAGGAUUAUCUGAUAAGGAUAUUAAUCCAUAUACAACUGUUAUCAAUCAUCUUUAUGUAUACCCCUUAAGUCUCAAUUUUGAUAUGCAAAAAACGUUUGCUAGAGCUCGAAAUAUUGCCUGUGUUAUAGAACUUAGAGAUUCUGAUCAUGAAGAAGCUAAAGCUUUACAGUGUAUUUAUGGUCGACCUGGACAACCUUUAUUGGUAUCACAAACAUCUUGUGCCGUUCUGCACCAUAACACUUAUCCUACAUGGUACGAAGAAAUUAAAAUCAGACUUCCAACAAAUAUACUUUUCUCUCAUCAUUUAUUAUUUACUUUUUACCAUAUUUCCUGUGAUAUUACAAAGAAAAGAGAAAAUGGAAUAGAAACUUGUGUGGGUUAUGCAUGGAUACCAUUAUUACAAAAAGGAAGACUUUCGGUGGAAACACAAAUCAUACCUGUAGCAGCCAAUUUGUUGCCAGGAUAUUUAACAAUACAUCCUUUUGGAUUAGGUAAAGGUAAUGCUGGACCAGAAAUCAAUUGGAUCGAUGGACAAAAACCAAUCUUUACUGUAGCUUUUAACUUAGUGUCAACUAUAAAUACAAAAGAUCAACACCUAUUCAAUCUUUUUAAUCUCGCUGAACGGUUGUUGGAUUCUAAACCAACAUCUAUACCAUCCGAAGGGGAGACAUGCAAGAUUUUAAAAGCUUUACAUGCUAUUCAUUUAACAACGCUCAUAACUUUUUUGCCAACACUUUUUAACCAACUUUUUACACUUUUAGUUGUAACAAAUAGUGAAGAAAUAGGUAUAAAUAUUAUUAGAGUUUUGAUAAAUCUAGUGACAAUGAUAUAUGAUGUCAAACGUAAAGAAAUAUUACAAGCUUAUGUAAAAUAUGUAUUCGUUUCUCCUGAAAGCAGGAAGAAUACCACUGUACACGAAGAAAUGUGCCGUCAUCUUCCAGUAAUUCUACAUCCAAAUAAUACUGACUUUUUAGUGGUUAAUAAGUUCAUGCAUCAUUCUGAUUUUUUUUUUGAAAUCAUCAACAAGAGUUUAGCCCAGCAUUUGCUUACUUCUGGAAGAAUAAAGAUGCAUCGACAUGAGAGAUUUUCUGCAGAUUUUUUGGAAAGAAUAGAACAUUUAAUGCAAGUACUCAUUCCUUAUGUUCACAAUAAGUAUAAAGAGAUGCCGUUAGAAACAAAAGAACUAAACAAAAAUAUGGCAUUUUUUCUGAAGAAAUGCCUUUCGCUUGUUGACAGAGGGUUUAUCUUCAAACUAAUCAAGUCUUACAUCGAUAAAUUCAAUCCUGGCGAUUCAAGAAUACUUCAAGAGUACAAAUUCAACUUCUUGGAGAUAAUAUGUAACCACGAACAUUACAUAUCAUUCAAUUUACCAAUACAGUAUAGCAAAUUAAGCCCAAGGAAUAGAUCUCCAGACAAUAUUCAAGAUUUUACAUUAUCAGAAGAAUUCUGUAAGCACCAUUUCCUAGUUGGAUUACUCUUACAAGAAGUAAAAGCUUCUUUAAACGAAGUAACGCACAUAAGAAAAAUUGCUCUUACUACACUUAAAAAUCUCAUAGCUAAACACGAAUUAGAUGAAAGAUAUAAAAAUAAAAGACAAAUGAGUAGGAUAGCAUUGAUUUACUUGCCAUGGUUAGCUGCAGUUUUGGAAAAUCUGAAUAGGUUAGAUGUAAAAGGUGAAUCAGAUGAAGAAGGAGAUUAUAGUGUAGUGAAUAGGAUGUCAUCAAGUAGCUCUUUUCUAUUUGGAAAGAGUGGUAGUGAAUGUACACCAAGAAGUCACAGAUUUACUCUACAUAUAGAUAAAGAUAGCCCUUUACACAUAAGAAAUUCUGUGUUUUUUGAUGCUAUUGCUGGACAAUCUUUGGUUAAUGGAAACUCUCUGAGUGUUGAUUCUGAUAUAUCUGCAAUAUCAGGUGAUGCCCAAUCGACACUUUCUCAAGAAACCACCAUAGUUAAAGAUGAGAGUCUCAAAAACGGAGAAAUAAAAAGUCACACUCGAACUACAUCUCAUAUACUAAGAUAUGAUAAAUUACAACCACAUGAAGUAAAGGAUAUUUUGUUGAUAUUUGUAUUUAUCGUUAAGUAUCUUAAUGAAGAUCAACUUACAUUUUGGUGGGAAAAUUAUUCUGAUCACGAUGUAGUGAACUUUUUUACUGUAAUGGAACUGAGUUUAUAUUGCUUCAGAUAUGUAGGAAAGAGAAAUAUUAAUGUUAUAAAAGUUAGUGAAUCUGAAGUUAUAAAGCCUAAAACAAAAAAGGCUCAUACUUUACCUGCAAGAAUGAAUCCAUCAGAAUUGAAUCACGAGAAUACUGGAACGUUGGUUAUUCACACACCUAGAGAAAAUUUGGUGGAUUCAGAAAAUGAAAUUCUAAGACGACAACAACAAGCAAUCCUUGAACAGUAUUUAGCCACGGAAAUUGGACUAAUAACUUUAGAUUGUAUGGGCUUGUAUUGUAUGCAUUUCAAAAAAAAAUUGUUGAAGUCUGACGUUGAUAAUGAAGUACUGAAGAAAAUUAUCGAUAUAUAUCUAAGUUUCAUUCAAAUUGGACAAAGUGAAAAUCUGUUGAAGCACGUUUUUGCUGCAUUACGAGCGUUCAUUAAUAAUUACUCAGUAAUUCUGUUCCAAGGAAAUGCUAUUCUUUGUGGCAAAUUAUGUUAUGAGCUUCUCAAGUGUUGUAAUAGUCGCUUAUCAUCUGUAAGACAAGAGUCUUGUGCCAUAUUAUAUUUGUUAAUGAGAAGCAACUUUGAAUUCACGGGUCGUAAAGGUCUUACAAGAGUCCAUUUGCAAGUAAUCAUAUCAGUUUCACAGAUGUUGGGUAAUAUCGUGGGGUUGAACAAUGCUCGUUUUCAAGAAAGUUUGUCUUUGAUUAACAGUUAUGCUACAAGUGACAAGGCGAUGAAAGGAACAGGCUUUCCUGUUGAAGUGAAGGAUUUAACUAAAAGAGUAAGAACAGUGUUAAUGGCAACAGUUCAAAUGAGAGAACAUCACCAUGAUCCUGAAAUGCUUGUCGAUUUGCAACACAGCCUAGCCAGCUCUUAUGCAUCCACUCCAGAAUUAAGACAUACAUGGCUAGAGACUAUGACAAGACACCAUAUCAGAGAUGGAAAUUAUUCGGAGGCUGCCUCUUGUCAACUACACAUUGCUGCUUUAAUGGCUGAAUAUUUAAAACUGAAAAAUAUUCAAAACUGGGGUGCCGAAAAAUUCGAAUUAAUAUCAUCCAAUAUAUCAAAAGAUGAAAAAGGUUUAAAAUUAGAUUCCGGCGUUCAAGAUAUUCAGUAUACAGAAUUCAUCUUACAAGAGCAACUUGAACGGUGUGCUGAAUAUAUUGACAAAGCAGAGCGUUACGAAAUAUUAGGUGAAUUAUACAAAUUGAUAAUACCCAUCCAUGAGAAAAAGAGAGACUAUGACAUGUUGAGAAAAUGUUAUAGUGCUCUAGCAGAUAACUAUGAAAAAAUUAUUGAAACAAAUAGAAGUGGUAGAAGACUUUUAGGUAGAUAUUAUAGAGUUGGGUUUUAUGGUCAAGCAUAUUUUGAAGAAGAUAGUGGAACAGAAUACAUAUACAAAGAACCUAAAGUUACCUCCUUGAGUGAGAUUUCUGAAAGGUUGUAUAAGCAAUAUUGUGAUAAAUUUGGAUCUGAUGUUGUUAAAAUGAUCCAGGAUUCAACACCGGUGAAUAAAUCCGAGUUGGAUCCGAAGUUAGCAUAUAUACAAGUUACCCACGUUACACCGUAUUUCGAAAAGCAUGAACUCGAAAAUAGACUUACAGAAUUUGAGCAUAACCAUGAUAUUAACUGUUUUAUGUUUGAAACUCCUUUUACAAAAGAGGGCAAGGCUAGAGGAAAUCCUGAAGAUCAGUGGAAACGAAGAACAAUAUUAACUACUUUGUAUUCAUUCCCUUAUGUUAAAAAGAGAAUUGUGGUAAAGGGGGUGAGACAAACGGAGUUAACUCCCAUCGAAGUGGCUAUAGAUGAAAUGCAAAGUCGAGUUGCGGAAUUAGAAGAUGUAGUUUUUACACAACCAACUGAUGCCAAGAAAUUACAGUUAAGACUUCAAGGUAGUGUUUGUGUCCAAGUAAACGCUGGUCCCUUGGCAUAUGCUAGUGUUUUUUUGGAUCCAGCUCUUAGUAACAUGUAUCAAGAUGAAAAAGUUGAAGAAUUGAAAGAUAUCUUUAGAGAGUUCCUGAAAAUAUGCUAUUCAGCGCUUCAAAUAAACAGCAAACUUAUAAACUCGGAACAGGUGGAAUAUCAAGAGGUUCUACGUCAAAAUUAUAAAAAGUUAUGUUCUUCUUUAUCAAUUUUAUUUGGAGAGACGCUUUGGCCUCACGACGAUAUGGGCAGUUUUAAAAGAAACAGUAUGGCGCUAUUUAGCGCCGUGACUGGUGCCUCACAAAAUUCUAGUACAGCCUGAAAGUAUUAAAAGUAUAUUAAGUGAAUCAAAUUCGCCUUCAGUAUGUUAUUUAGUUGAUAAAGAUCAUUGAUACUUGAACGAUUUUAUCCAACAAUCAACAAAUAGUUUUAGUUUAAAUAUAAUCCUAGCUAUUCCAGUUUUUUUCUGGCAUAUUACAUAUAUUCCGUUAACAUAAAUAGGUAUUCUCUUUAUAAUUUCAAAUGUGUGGUUAUCUUGUUUUUCUGUAUUAUGCAUAUAUUUUAUAAAAGAAUUUUUAUUUAAUAAUUUAAUAAAGCACUUGAAUUUAAUAAUCUCUGGUUAUAUCAAUAUUUAAAUUCUUUUUAUAAUACAUGUUCCAUGUAUUAAUGAUCUUUAUUAUAGAAAAAAUUAGUUAUUUGACAAGUUUUACUUGUUUUCAAACUUUGACUAGAUAAUUUAACCUAUUUUUGUUUUGAUAUUUUAGAAAUAUGUUAUUAACUGAAUAUUAUUAUUAAAAUUAUUAUUUCCCUUUUAAUAUUUUAUAUUUCCAAAACUAAUAUUUUAUCUUUGGUUGUAAAUUAAGUAGUUAACAGUAGAGAACAGUUUAGCUUUUUGGAUUAUAUUGUCUUAUUGUGGUCAUUUAGUAAGAACUCUGCAGUAAAAUAUAAAUUCUAAAUCAAUAAUUAAUGGAAAGCCUUAAAUAUAUGGUACGUGACACUUUUAUACUUUUAUAAAAAACUCCAAGACUGGCAGAGCUAGAUUUGUAAUUUUAUCAGUAGAAUUGCAUCUAGCAGUUUAAUGCCCUUUGUUUCUUCGAAAUUAUAGAAAAUAGUAAAGUAAUACGUAGUAAACAAUUACUCAAUUUAUGCUACCUAACACUAGGUAGAACUAAAUAUUCAAUUAUCUAACCUAACUUAAAAAAUACGAUAUCCGUAAUAAUUGUGAUUACCUAAUUAAUAUAUUUUGUUCGUGUCAAUGCAAAAUCAUUCUUUCAGUAGACAGUAUGUAGCUGUCAGCUCUUCAAAAUUAUCUUGAGUAAGUAAUGUACGCAAAUUUGUUUUCAUUUUUCUAGCAUUAUUGCUAACAUAAUAUAUUUAUAAAGUAUUUCUUUAAAUAUUUAUAAACUAGUACGUCUCGAAUUAAUAGUGAAAAGGAAAACUAUUGUAUAGUGAGCUUUGGAAUGACAACCUUUUUAUGUCUUCAAAAUGUAUUUAGAAAUACUAUAUAUAGCUUAUAUAUAUAUAUGGUCCAUUACUCGCCAACAUAAAUUAGUAAUUUAUUAUUUCUUCAUAGUUUCACAUUAUUAAACACAGUUUAAUUACUAACAAAAUAGCAUUUAUGUAUAAUAUCCAAACAAAACUUAUUUAUAUAUUCUACAUUUCUGAAAAUUUCGGAACUACAAAGGGCAUCGACUUAGUAGUUAGACUUUCUGGAUAUUCCUAGCAUAUUUAAUAUAUUGAAUGAGACAAAAUAUUGGAAAAAAUAUAUGUCAAUAUUGUCCAUUGCUUGAUUUCAGUAGAAAGAGUAUAUCUUCGUAAUUAUUGAAUACAUACAAUGUGUAUAUCUAAUCGUAUCUAUUGAAACGUUUGAUUUCUUUCCCUUCGAAAUUAUGUUCUCGUGAAUUCUUUUGAACACCAUUCUACACAUUGACCUAUGAAUCCCAGAUAUUCCUAAUAUGUGCUUGUCAUUAUAAAUAGAAAAAUUUAAUGAGUUAAUUUUAUUAAAUGUAUUAAACACCAAUAAUUUUUAUCUUUUAUUAACAAAGUUGAGGAAAUCUAGAAAGUCCGUUAACCAAUUCCAUAGACAUAAAAAAUACAGUAAUUCAACACGUUAUAUCUAAAUUUUAGUAUAAGAUUAGUCCUUGAUGUUAAUUUUUAUUUCAUAAAUAAAUGUGACCUUUAAUAGUUCACACAACAGUUAGGAAUUCACAAAAUAUUUAGCAUUGUAUUUCUCAUUUCUAACCAGUAUUCCAGUUGGAAUGAAUUUUAUAUACCAACUAUUAAGUUUAUCAUUCUAUGAACAUAUGAAAGUUUUAAAUUAUAUACUAGGAUCACUUGAUAAUGAUUACAAGAUAAAUCAAAAUCUCAUUAGAACUACUCUUUUUCUUAAUCCUUAAAGGUACUCAUUCGAAUACGCACAUAUUUGACUGAAGAAAAACCGUUCUAGUUAACAUAUAUAAAUUGCUUGGUCAGUUUUUGAUUCCAUCAAUACCUACUCAGUGUCUAUAUAGUUAUAAAGUUCAAGUCAUAGUAGAUUUAACAGUGAAUAUGUUGGGAGAAUCCCUCUACAUCGUUUAUUUGAGAGCCUUUAAAUUCAAUAGAAAUUAUUCUGCAUGUAGCUAACUAAAGGCUUAAUGAUCCUUUGCUUAUGAUUAUGUACAGAAUUCUAAACAUAUUCUACAGAAAUCAUUUUUUUUUAAUUAUUCUUAACCAAUACUUACAAUUUUGAACAACACACACGUUAUUGUAUGUUUCCACUGGAGAAAUAUGGAACAACUUAAACUAUUUAUUUUGAUUUUCCAUAAAGUUGCAAAAUGUUACUUUGAUUUUGGAAACUAAUUACAGUUGUAGAUUCGUAUUGCUAUGUCUAGUUUGGAUGAUAAACUUAACAAAAACAUUAACAUGAAACAAAUACAAUUUACUACCUGUAACUGUUGUGAUGGAAACAGAUAAGUAACUAGAAACAGCAUUUUGUUGCAAAGUCUGUAGUGGUGCUUCUAAUAUGUGAAAAAUUUGAUUUUCGAAUUCCCAGUUUCCAACUGGUCCAGUGAAAAUAAUGAGUUUCACUUAAAUUGAGAACGGGAACCACAAAUGACAACUACCAAUUCUGGUUGAUUCAGUGGACAAAAUUUUCUUACAUAAUCAGAAAAGAUUCAAUUUCACGGUUGUGCAUAAAUAUUUGAGUACUUUGCACUUGUAUUGAAAGAGAAGAGAAAUUACAGAAUAAAUAAAACAAACAGUAUUGAUACGGAGUACGUAUUCAUAUAUCAAUUUCAAGCUAAAUUUCAUACAACUGGGUGUUGAUUUUUGUAUGUAGUCAUUAUACUUUUCCACAUAUAUUUUGUAAGAUACUUUUUGGUUCCUAAUUUCAACUAAUUUUGUGCAAAAUUAAUUACAAAUAUUUAGAAAAUAAGCGUAAUUCAUCAGACUUCGUAGAAAAAAUAGCGUACAUAGCUUGAUAGGAAAUAAAUUUCUUACAUUGGAGUGUUGUCUCACUUGUACGUUCAUACUCGUGAAAUUUAUCCCUCAUAAUCUAAAAAUACUAUUACGUGUUUAUAUUUAGAGUGAUAGGAAGAAAUGUAAAAGUUAUUAUAUAUUCAUCCAGUGGAAACGAAGGUUUACCAUAUACCUGACGAAGUAAUUAUCAAGUCCUUAAAGUACCUAGUAUAUUAUAGAUUGAAAUUGAACAUUAUAUUUAUUUGUGAAUAUUAUGACAUUUUGAACAGAAAAUAGUGAAAUAUUUUUAGUUAGUGUAAGUUAUAUACUCCAUAUAAACGCCUAAAUAUGCACAAGAUAUUAAUAUGUAAAUAAUUAAACAUUUAGAUAUUUACCCAACAUACGUUUAAAAAAUUCGGCUACUUAGAAAAUUUUUUUAUAUAUUCAUAUUAACGCCCAAAGACAUUACAAUUAAUAUUGAAAUGUCUUUAUUAUACUCUUGUUUUGAAAAAUAAUUAUAUUAUAAAUACGUGAAUGUCUUUAAUAUUGUGUGGGCUGUGAGCUAUCAUUAAAUUAAUUCAUAAUGGUCAGCCUAGUGUUAAGUUGAUUUGUCAGUUACAGAGACGCGUGACUUUGAAUUAGGAAAUUCUAUUUCAAUUUUAAUUUAUUACAGAUAUAUUUCCGAAAUAUUAUUUGUCAACCUCAAUGUAUUUCACCAUUGGAUUUUGUUUAUCCCUACAUCUCUACAAAAAGAAUAAAAAGUAGAUUUGACAACUUCUCUUUAGAAGUGGAAAUGCAGUGUAAUUCCUAUAGUACUUUCCUUAAUAGCAUCAUCAUUUUAUUGCGUCGACAUUAUAUCUGAACGUAGGUAAUGAAAAAUUUGCUAUUCUAUAACUUGUCUCAAUACAAAUGCACUAGAAGCACUUUAAAUAUUGCUUAAUUCUAGAAUAUAGAUUAUAUUUGUCGGAGCACUAUUAUUGGAAGAAAAAGAGUCUUUCUGAUUUCUGCAGUUUGAUAUAUUUAUAUUAGUUUAUUUUUUGAAAAUUAUUCACUAGUAAAUUAUGCAUGCUGAUGUUUCUGUAACUGACUAUAUUUACUCUAAUUUGAUUUAGCCAAAAAAAAAUUACUGUUAUUAAUUUUUGUUUAUACCAUGACAUGUUACAUAAUUUGUUCCAUUAUUUUUGUAAAUUCAAUUUGUAAUUUAUGUAAAUUUUUGUAAUUAAUUGUUUUUUCGUUAAUUAACAUAUUGAUGAUAAGUGUCAAAUUCAUAGUAUUCAAUUUAUAUGAAAUUCUCCAUCACAUUAUGUCAUUAAGCACAGUCAUAAUAGAUAAUGAGAAAGUUAAUUACUUAGUAUACGAAUUGUGGACUUUUUACAAAAGGAAAGAUUCUGAAAUCAGGUAUCUAGCAAAUUUUUUGACACAUUUUUAAUAUUUGAUUUCUAAAUAUGGUAUUUUAUUUAGCUCACUUUAUUAAAUAUUAUUAUAUGCAAUAUUUGUUUUUAAUGAUAAAUAUUUAAAUUUAGUUAAUUACAUUGAAAAAUAAAAUUAUUAGAUCUAGGCAACAGGCUGAAACCUGAUUCAUAAAAUAUUUAUUAUAUCGUCAAUUCAUGGAAUACUCAUAUCUAUUGUUUUAAUUUCUAUAUCCUAUGUAUUUAUCAGCAAAUGAAUAACCUCAAAUACUAUUAUAAUUAGUAAUGUUUUUAUUGGACUAAUUAUGCAGUAGUAGCAAAAAAUGUUUCCAUUAGUAUCAGUCAAUUUCUUGGUUAAUGUUUUAUGAGAAUAUCAUUAGUCUUAAUUUUUUAAGGUGAUACACUAAAGUAAUUGAAAGGUUUUGAAGUAGGCUAAGGAGCAUUCAUUAAUUACGUGAGCUCAUUGAACAUAGGGAAGCAUGUCCAGUACAAAAAAUAUGAAUGACUGUCUUUCUUUACCACCGAAAAUCAUGACCGACAUGUAUUAAAUGUCGCUAAAGAAAUGGACCUAGUGUGUUGAAAUCUGACUUUUUACUUACAGUUUUGAAUAAUUUGAACUGUGUAGAAUAACGAGAAAAUAAUGAAAUUUGUCGUUUAUUCAUACCGUAAAAAUGUGCUUGAAAAUGUUUGAAAAAUCUAGAAAAAAGUGUAAUAAAAUAAUUACAAGCCGAUGAUUCAAAUUUAAGAUUUUUUGUACUAAUUAACUCUUCCUACAAAAUUUCCAUAUUUUUGUUUUUUUAGUAUUCAGAUGUUCAAAAAUGUUUUCUCGCAUUGGAGAAAAUUUGUCCAGCUGGAUACGAUAAAUAAGAGUUUAAAAACCUUCCAGAAUGGCGCUGGUGUGAACGUAUCAAUUGUAAUUGAACUGAAGCAUACCUUGUACAAAAGUGUGAAAAGUUGUCCAGGACGUAAAUAAUAUUUGGAGUUUGCUCUAAAAUUCACCAUGAUGUUGCUAUUGUGGCGUCACCUUUAUGUAACUUAUUUCGACGGACACUUUUUCAUGUACACAGAUUGUUCUCCUCCUCUCUACCCUAACCUAAUCGUUUUCUCUAUUUUGGCCAACGCUGGUUUUCGCUUUGAUUUAUUAUAAACUAAAGAUUCUAUUUUUUCUGUUUCUUCAUUUUUGAUGACUUUGGUUUUUUUUCCUUCUUUUUUUCACCAAUUCUUCUGUUCUUGUGAGCUUGACAUGUUAAAAAAAGGACGAUCACAACAAAGGUUAAAACUCUUCUCGCUCAGGGGCAACGGCCAAGCAUUUCACACAUUUGUGUUGUUGCCUCGGUUAGGAAAAUUAGGACCAGGGUCUUGAUAGAAAGGAUUCUUUUUUGACUUAUUUUCAUAUUUAGUUUUAAAUGUAUAUGUGUAUUAUAAUUAUUAUUUUUGUUUAUAUCUCAAUUUUGUAUAUUUUGAUAAAUUUUAUGAUUAGCUUUAUAAUGUUGUAGUUUUCUCUGUUUAAAAUGUUGAAUAAUGUAAUUGGUAUAGGUAUUUUUAGUUCAAUCAGCUUGUUAUAUAAAUCAUAAUUGGAGGUUCGAUUAAUGGGGCAUCCGAAAAAAAUGUGGUUUAGGUCUUCCGUUUGUCCACAGAUACAGUAUGGAUCAGUAGCACAUCCUAUUCUAAAUAAAUGUUUUUUGUUGCGGCAAUGGCCCGUUCUGAGUCUGCUUAUUAUUGUUAGAUGCCUUUUAUCUAUAAUUGGAAUUUUGUAGAAGAAAGGUGUUUUCGGGAAUUCGUGUUGGAUCGAAUUGUACCAUUUUCCUUUGUUUGCAAAUGAGCUUUUCCGUUCGUUGUGUUCUGUUUUAAUUUGUUCUUUAAAAUGUAUAUAAAUGUCUUCUUUAUCUAUUUUAAAAUUUUCGGCUGGUACAUUAAGGUUUCUUGCGAUUUGUGCAAGUUGGUCAGCAAUUUCGUUCCAUAUGACUCCAGCGUGUUCCGGAAUCCAUGCUAGAACAAUAUUGUGAUUUUCCUUUAUCAAGUCCACUAUUAACUUUUUCCCCAUUAACGCGGUGUAUUUAAAUUUGCCUGUUAUUUGAUUACUAAGACUUUUGAUGGCGCUUUGCGAGUCGGAAAAAAUUAUGAUUUUAUUAAUUUUUUUAUUUUUCGCUAUUUCGAUCGCUUUAAUUAUUCUAAUUAUUCCCACUGUGCAUAUUUGAAUGAGAUUAUGUAGUCUUAAAAAAAAUUGGUAAUUUAGGGAAGGAAUAUAGACGCUGCAUCCCACCUUGUUGUCUUCCGGAUUCAAGGAUCCAUCUGUGAAAAUCCAUGUAUAUUCACUGUAUUUCGGUGCAAAUUAGUUGAUGAAUUUUUGUUGUGAAUAUAUUUCGUCUUUUUUUGUUUCAGCAAAUACCGUAUUAAUUCUUUAUGUUUGAUAUUUUAUUUCUUCUUUGAAACACGGGUCUAUUUCGUUUAGGUGAAUAUUUUGAUUUGUUUCUUCGAUUUGAUUUUUUGCUUCUUUGUUUUUCCAGAACCCUGCUUUUUCUCUAAACUUUUUACCCUUUUUUUUCAAAACGCGCGUCAGUCUAAUCAUAUUACAUGCUAAGCCAGAAUAACAGUUUUGAUCAAGUGUUAAAUUAUGGAAUGGAACAAUCCAAAAUUAUUUAUUAAGUGUUUCAUAUAAUCUUCAAACUAUUCCUUAAACAUAAACUUAUCAACAAGCUCUAAUCCACUGCUAUAUAUACGCCAAAUGUAAUAUAAUUUUUUUUUGACCUUAAUGGUUCAUUUUUUUUAAAUUUUGUAUAAAGAGGUCCAUCUACAGGGUGUCAAACAUAAGGUGACCUAUGUACUUUUCUCAAAACCUGUAAGAGUUAUCGAAAAACUUUCUUUGUAUUCUAAGGAAUUUUUAGAUUAUUGACUUUUGGAUUAUACCAAUUCUUCAGUACCGACAUCAACUUUAGAAUUUCAAAUGAAACACCUUAUUAUUAUGCAUUACAUUAUAACUGUAGAAAUGUGACAUGUGCGUGUCCUCCUAGGAGUCCUGAUUUAACGCCGAUGGACUUUUUUUGAGGAGCACUUUAAAAAAUAUCGUAUACAAAAAUAGAAAUAAUUAUACAGUGGUAGAACCGAAAGAAAAAAAUCGAGAGGAAAUGAAUUAUCUCAAUCAAACUGGUGCAGUACGAGAGACAAUCCAAAGCAUGAAGGCAAGUAUACUACAUGCAUUGCAGGAAUUGUUGGAUACAUAAAAAAUAAAUUGUAAAAUCCCGGUCUUUAAAUAUGAUUCGGAUAUUUUAAAUGAGUAUAUUUCAUUAAUUUGUUGCAUAUUCAUACUUUAAAUCUCUUCAGAUGUAAAUAAAAUGUUUCUUUGAAUUAUUCCUAAUAAAAAUAUUUGUUUAAGGGUACGAUAUUAUUAUAGCUUUUUGUUUUUGAUAAACAUUUUCUAUUUACUUUCUUUAAAAACUGCAAUACUCAUUGUUACAUUAGUCAAAUACUCCCACAACCAUUAUAUAUAGGUAUAGGACAAGUAUGUAUGAAAUGAUUGAUAUUUUAUGCGCGUUCUAUUAUAGGUAUAAUAUACAGGGUGUGUCAUUAAAAAAAUGAGAUUUUGUUAUUCACAAAAUUUGGAACUCGUACAGUAAAAAAAGACACCCAGUAUGAAUCUCAACUCGAAAACUCAAUAAACCUAAGUUUUGUGUUUAAAAAUUAAUUUUGCAAAUGUUGCCAGUUAGCCUCAUUUUUAUUUUGCAGAAUUGUCAAAAUAUGAUGAUUUUUCAGUAAAAAUUCAAAUAACCUUAAAUAUUUCCUAAACCGUGCGGAAAUCAAAUCGGUGGGUAAUAUGAAAGUUCCAUUCAAAAUUCCAAAGUUGAUGUCGAUACUGAAGAAUUGGGACACCCUGUAUAAUCCAAAAGCCAAUAAUCUAAAAAUUCUUUUAGAUACAAACAACUUAUGUAAUUAAAGUUUUUUGAUAACUCUUACAGGUUUGGAGAAAAGUAUAUGGGUCACCUUAUGUUUGACACCCUGUACAUUAAUUUCUAUAUAGUACAUCCAAGCAAGAAGUCUUCUUCAUAUACACUUUUAAAUGUGUGAUAUGUCAAAAGGUUGCGGAGUUCAUAUUUUGGGGUAAUUGACUAUUAAUUAAGUACAUCUGUAUCUGCAGUAAAACAUAUUUUAGCUUGUCAGUUUGUAUAAUUUAUGCAACCUGUAUGUAUAACAUACCAUAGCUACUACGUUCAGAGAAAGUAUAUUCGUUUAGCUGAUUAAAAGUAUAAAAUAUCUUUUCAUUAUAUAUUGUCUUUAGAAUUGUAACGCUUCAUUUCCAUAACCUUAUCACGGAUAAAUCUGUGCACUGGAUUUGCCUAUUACAAUAUAUGAAUUUAACUUUGUGAGCUUUGAAUCACCCAAAUAUUUGAUGAUUAUAUCAGAUAAUCCGAGAAAUAAUUGUUUAUACUAACACUUCCUAUUAAAUGUAACGAUUCUUUGGGGCGAGUGGUACACUUGUACAUGAAAAAAUAUUAAUUAAAAAUGUGUCUUUGUAUAACAAUAAAGAAAAUAUAUUCAAGCUUAUUCUAUAGUGCCAUAAUUUCCCCUAUUGUAAAAUUUACACUUGUGACAGUGUGUUAUGGUAUUACAUAUAUCUAUUUUUAUUUGUUAAUAUGUGAACUUUGUCAAUGUGUUAAUAAUUUUCGUUAUUUAAGAAAUAAAUAUUGUUUAGGAAUA